AUGGGUAGAAGGGCCAAAAACAAGCAAGGAUUACCACCAACCUACGAUGAAUUUCAAGCUUCAAAAGAGAAAAAAUUAGGCAAGAAAAGAAAAUCUAACGAUGAUUUAAAACCAGUUUCAAAUAAGAAAUCAAAAAAUGAUAUAACGUCAAGCACCGAAGAAGUCAAUACGAGAAGUAAGAAAGCUAAAGAUUCAAAAUCAAAAUCAAAAUCAAAGGCAAAGAACGACACAACCGAAGAUGAAAAUGCCUUACCAGAAGUGAAUCUUGAAGAAUUGGCGUCUGCAAAGAAAUCUUUAUUUGAUGAAUCUGAUGACGACAAUGGAGAUGAAGGAGAAGAAGAAUUAAAUGAUGAAUUUGAUAUAGAAAAUGGUGUUUAUGACGAUGAAGAGGAUCUCGAUUCAGAUGAGGAGGAACGUGUAAAGCACAUGUUUUCAGAUGAUGAUGAGGAGGAUGAAGAUUUAGAAGGGCUAAAUGCUCAAAAUAUGGAACUAUAUUCGAAACAAUUGGAUGAAGAGGAAGCGGAAGAGGCAGAAGAAGCAGAGAAAGAAUUGUUAGAGGAAGGAAUAAUACAGCCUAGAGCGAAGGUUUUACCAACGGCCGAGGAAGAAGAAGAAAUGACACAAGGACCACAAGAUAUUACUAUGGUAAGAACGAGGAUGCUCGAAAUAGUAAAAGUAUUGGAAAAUUUUAAAACUUUAGCAGAAGAAGGAAAAUCAAGGGCAGAGUAUGUGACUAGAUUAAUAAAAGAUAUAUGUGAAUAUUUUGGAUAUUCUGAAUUUUUAGCGGAUAAAUUAUUUAAUUUAUUUUCACCUGCUGAGGCUAUUGAAUUUUUCGAAGCUAACGAGAUUGCUAGACCUAUAACUAUAAGGACGAAUACAUUGAAAACAAGAAGGAGGGAUUUAGCCCAAGCUUUAGUAAAUCGUGGUGUUAAUUUACAACCUAUUGGUUCAUGGACGAAAGUAGGACUUCAAAUAUUUGAUUCACAAGUUCCAAUAGGUGCUACUCCAGAAUAUUUAGCAGGUCAAUAUAUUUUACAAGCUGCUUCAUCAUUUUUACCAGUAAUGGCGUUAGAUCCACAAGAAAAUGAACGAAUUUUGGACAUGGCCGCCGCUCCAGGUGGUAAGACUACAUAUAUAUCAGCAUUAAUGAAAAAUACAGGUUGUGUGUUUGCAAAUGAUGCAAAUAAAGCAAGAACAAAAUCCUUAAUUGCAAAUAUACAUCGUUUAGGAUGCAAAAAUACCAUUGUUUGUAAUUAUGAUGCUAGAGAAUUUCCAAAAGUUAUAGGAGGAUUUGAUAGAAUACUAUUAGAUGCUCCGUGUUCGGGUACAGGUGUUAUUGCCAAAGAUGAAAGUGUGAAAGUAAGCAGAACUGAAAAAGAUUUUAUGCAAAUUCCUCAUUUACAAAAACAAUUAUUAUUGUCUGCUAUUGAUUCAGUUGAUGCAAACUCUCCUACUGGUGGGGUGAUUGUUUAUUCAACUUGUUCUAUAGCAGUUGAUGAGAAUGAAGCAGUUGUUGAUUAUGCAUUAAGGAAACGUCCAAAUGUGAAAUUGGUAGAAACAGGGUUAGCCAUUGGUAAAGAAGGAUUUACAUCAUAUAGAGGUAAACAUUUUAAUUCAAGCAUAAAAUUGACAAGGAGAUAUUACCCACAUACUUAUAAUGUUGACGGGUUUUAUGUUGCUAAAUUCAAGAAGAUUGCACCUUCUCCACAUGAUAUAUCAAAAGCUGGUGCAAGAGAGAAAGAAAAUGCUGCAAGAGCUGAAGCUGAGGAAGAAGGAAUUAUUCACGAUGACUUCACUACAUUUGAUAACGAGGAAGAUGAUGCUAUAAUGGAGAAAUCAAAGAAAAUAAGUUUACGAAAAAAGGGUAUCAAUCCGAAUGCUAACAAGUCCAAAUAA